CCGCGGCCUAGUCAUGCGAGCUAGAGCUAGGGGCCUGUGGAAACAUGAAGAGGAUAAACAGCUGUAUGAAGAGUGAUGAACAAGUCCUGGAAGAGCUGGAAACGGAAGGAGAGAGGCAGCUGAAAAGCCUCCUUCAACAUCAGCUUGACACCUCUGUCUCCAUUGAGGAAUGUGUGUCCAAGAAAGAGAGCUUUGCUCCUGGCACCAUGUACAAGCCCUUUGGCAAGGAAGCAGCUGGGACUAUGACUUUGUCCCAGUUCCAGACACUGCAUGAAAAGGACCAGGAAACUGCUUCUCUCAGGGAACUAGGGCUUAGUGAAACAGAAAUCUUGAUCUGGAAGAGCCACGUUUCAGGUGAAAAGAAGAAAAGGCUAAGGGCAACUCCAGAAGCAAUACAGAAUCGCCUCCAAGAUAUUGAAGAAAGGAUCUCAGAGCGUCAACGCAUCCUUUGCCUGCCACAAAGGUUUUCGAAAAGCAAACAACUGACCCGACGAGAAAUGGAAAUAGAAAAGUCUUUAUUUCAGGGAGCUGAUCGACACUCCUUCCUUAAGGCUCUUUAUUACCAAGCACACCACAAAAAGACAAGUGCAGACAAGUACAUGACCUCAAUGAAGAGGAAGAUAAAAUUAGGCACAAAAGAUGAAUCCCAAAAGAAGAACAGAGGUGAUUCCAUAAACAACCUGGAAAAUUUUUACCAAGAGGUGAUAAUGAAAAAACAUCUUGAAGAGUUCCAACUUAUGAGAGGUGAACCCCUUGCUUCCCACUCACUGGUCUCAGCUACAUCAGUGAGUGAUAGUGACACAGCUGAGAACUCAUCAUUACUCCAGGACGAGGGGAAUCAGGCAGCACAGGGUAAAGGUCCCAGUCUCCAUGUGGCAAAAGUUAAUGAUUUUUCACCUGAGCAGUGUUGGACUGGGCCUAAGAAGCUGACAGAGCCAAUAGAAUUUGUCCCAGAAGAUGAAAUCCAGAGAAAUCGUUUGUCCGAGGAAGAGAUCCGAAACAUUCCUAUGUUUUCUUCAUAUAAUCCAGGGGAACCGAACAAGGUGUUAUACCUGAAGAACCUUAGCUCUCGGGUGACAGAUAGAGAUCUUAUAUCAUUAUUCGCCCGCUUCCAGGAGAAGAAAGGACCUCCAAUUGAAUUUCAAAUAAUGACUGGACGAAUGAAGGGACAAGCUUUCAUCACCUUUCCCAAUAAGGAAAUAGCAUGUCAAGCAUUGCAUCAAGUAAAUGGAUAUAACCUGCAUGGGAAAGUAUUGGUGAUAGAAUUUGGAAAGAACAGAAAGCAACAAUUAGAUCUCCAGGCUGCUUCUCUCAUAUCAUCUUCUUCGGAGAGGACAGGCAGUAAUAAAGAAGUCAGUAGUUAUGUAUAAUCAGUGUAUGUAUAUAUACAUAUGCACAUAUUCUAGCUGGAUGAUCUUUUUGGCAUGAGAAUCUUGAUUCUGGAAUUUAUGUAUAGAUAGAAAUAUCCUUAGAGUUGAAAGGGAAAAAUUGGAGAGCUAGAAAGAAAAUGCAUUUCAGCUUUUGAAGAGAAUUGGUAGGAAAUGUUUUCUACAAUCAAAUAUUAUAUAGGAUAUGCAAUAUCCUUAGUAUUAAGGGCAAUACACAGAAUAUUAUUUUCACAAGACAUAGGAUUAUUUCUGAGGAUUUAAAGAAAAUCGUACCAUUCCCCAAGAGAUAACAUUCUUUCCAGAACUGCUUUCUACCUGUAAAACUUAAAAACUAAUUAAAUGUUAAAAUAUUCAUUUACUGAAACACAAUAAUCUCUAAUUUUAUCCAACUAAUUAAUGAAAGACCUAAAUAUUAACAAGUGCUGUUAUAUCAAAACUAUAAGCAGUAGGUAAUUUUAUAGGUGAGUUGCCAUGUUUAAUGAAUACUUCUCCACUUAAGUUCUCAGAGCCUUCAAAAAGCUGUAUAUUUUUCUAAUGAAAUCUUUUAGAUCAAAAUAUUGAUGUUUUCAUGGCCAUUUAAAGCUAGAUACCAUUGAACAAGCCUUGAUUCAAAGCAAUAAACAUUAGGCAAAUGUCUAAUACAUGUUAAAUAUUAAAUAAGGGAAUUUUAGAAGGGGCCAUACUUGCAAAGAAUACUAAAGGGUCAUGGAAAGAAAAUUUUCUAAAAGAGAGACAGCCUAUCUAAAAUCCUGUACUUGUUUGUUUAUGAUUGCUCAAAACUAGAAAGACAGUAUGGUAUAUG